AUGGAUGCUCAGCUGUCUUUGCAAAUCAAGUGUUCAGUGUGUUUGGGGGACUUUACAGAUCCAGUGACUCUACCUUGCGAGCAUUCUUUCUGUCGACAAUGUAUAACUGUUCACAUGCAAACCAGCCGUGGUGUGGCCGUCUGUCCAGAGUGCAGACGGCCAUUCACAGAGGAGGAUCUACGCACCAGUCGACUGCUUAGAAAUAUAACUGAGGCCAUGAGGAAACAUCUUACUGUUCAAAAAUCUGAAGCUAAUUCAGAGGAUGUGGCAAUUUCUUUGAGGGUACAAGAAGUUCUGAAUGAGUUGAUGUGUCCAGAACACAAUGAGAAGCUGAGGUUGUUCUGUGAAACAGAUCAAGUUUUGAUAUGUGUGAUUUGUCGGGAUGGAGAGAAACAUCGGGGACACAUUUUCAAACCUGCAAAUGAAGCAGCCCCAAUCAAAAAGGAUUCUGUCCGAGAUGCACUUGAUUUCUUGUCACGUGAUAACAGAGAGCUAGUUGUCUUGACGCAACGUCAGAGUGAUGAGAUUGAUAAGACUAAGGAGAAGUCAGGAUUAAUUGCAACACAAAUCUCCUCCCAGUUUGAAGAGAUGUAUCAGUUUCUUAGAAAGAGAAAGGAGGAGGUGGAAAAACUAGUGAAGAGUGAAGAGAAGAAAGCUCUGGAAAUCAUGCAGAAAAAACAAUGUCUGAUUCAGAGACGGAUGAUGGCGGGAACAGAGCUGGAAGUUCUUAUACAGUCUGCAGUGGACAUUCCUGAACCUGACAAAUUUUUGCAGUGGUGGAGUGAAAAGGGAUAUUUUGUUACAGAGGGAAUGAAACAAAGGGAAAUUGGAGAAAAUGCAUCACAAAACAUCAAGUAUCACUCUUACGGGGAAGGCCUUUAUGUGAUCCCUGAUACCCUCUUCUUUGGACCCUAUGAGACUCACCUGCAGUUCUUUGUGUGGAAGGAGAUGCUGAGAUCCAUCAAACCACGUAGGUGA